GCCGCCGACUCCGCCAAGGGCUCGCUCUUCUCCUCGCAGGAGAGGUUCUUCCAGGAGCUCUUCGAGGGCGAGCUGGCGGCGCAGGCGGCGGCCGAGUUCCAGGAGGCCAUGCAGGAGCUGGCCCGCCAGGAGCCCCAGCUGGUGGAGCAGUUCCAGAAGCUCUCGGAGGCUGCCGGCAAAGUCGGCAGCGACGCGGCCUCGCAGCAGGAAUUCACCUCCUGCCUCAAGGAGACCCUGAGCGGGCUGGCCAAGAACGCCAAUGACCUGCAGAACUCCCCGGGCUCGGAGGAGGAGCUGGCCAAGGCCCUGGAGGGGCUGGGGCUGGACGAGGGCGGCGGCGACGGCGUCCUGCCCGUCAUGCGCAGCAUCAUGGAGUCCCUGCUGUCCAAGGACGUGCUCUACCCCUCCCUCAAGGAGAUCACCGAGAAGUACCCGGAGUGGCUGCGGCAGCACGAGGGGUCCCUGUCCCCGGAGCAGCGGGCGCGGUUCGGGGCGCAGCAGGUGCUGAUGCUGCGGAUCUGCGCCGAGCUGGAGCGGGAGCGGCCCGAGGAGCCCGAGGGGCAGCGCCGGGAGCGCUUCGAGACCCUGCUGGACCUGAUGCAGCAGCUGCAGGACCUGGGCCACCCCCCCAAGGAGCUGGCAGGGGACACGCCACCAGGACUGAGCCUGACGGGGGAGCAGUGCCGCCUCAUGUAGGGCACCUUUGGGGUCCCUCCCCGAAUUUGGGAUCCCCCCGGAUUUGGGAUCCCCCCCUGGAUUUGGGGUCCCCCCCGGAUUUGGGAUCCCCCCCCUGGAUUUGGGGUCCCCCCCCGGAUUUGGGGUCCCCCCGGAUUUGGGGUGCCCCGGCCCCAGAGGAGGUGAAGAGGAGCCCGGCAGUGGGGUCGGCAGCUCCCCCUCCCCACGUUUGGGGUUUUUUUGGGGUGGGGGGCGCAGGGACCCCCCCGGAUGGGGCGGGGUCCCCCCCUCACCCCCCGUGACCCCAAUAAAGAGUUGGUGACGGGAA